AUGACUUCAAAACCCCAUAAGCCAGUGGAAUUCAACUUUUCCAAACUACCACUCCUGGCUUUGGAACAAAUUAUCGAUGGAAUGCAUUUGACCGAGAUCGUAAACCUGUCUCUCUGCUCAAAACGGAGCAAGAAAACUGUGGCGACCGCGCGAACCAUUCCGAAGACUCACAUGGAUAUAGACAUCGACCGUAAUCAUUUUCGAAUCUGUGUUUACACGGCUGAUAACAAGGAGACUGUUUCAAUCUGGACAAUGGUGGAUAAAAAUGCAGACCAGGGGGAUAAUAGAGAGUUUAGUGUUGAUGGAAUUGAGGGGUUGAUCAGAACCAAUCCCAGCUCCACCGAUACCUAUUGCGAAGCCUUUAACUUCACCAGCACCCCACAAAGGAUCGCUGCCUCAAUGGCACCCAUCAUCUCCCAUCUACUCCAAGCACUCCCAAACUGCCAAGUAAAAUUUCUGAACGUGGAUUUCCUCCGUCUUUUUCACUUCAAUUUUGAAACCGCGUUGGCCACCGUGAAAUCUGCGGAGAUCGUGACGCUAACUAAUCAAUUCAUGAGGUAUCAGUCAAAGUACAUUUUGACUAACAUCCGGAUCACCAAGAUCUACGAGAACCGUUAUCAGAAUAAAUCGCCAUGCAGUUCCGAGUUCCCGGAUAAGCUGGAGUGUUCUGAUAAGAUUGAGUGCUUGGAUGCUUCAUUUAUCCGUGGAGACUUCUUAUUACGCCUUAACUGCAAAGAUGUCUUGCUAAGAAACCCAAGAUUCAGUGUGGAUGAUGUCAUGGAAUUUCUGAAGAAAUGGAAGAACUCGACCGGCGACGAAAUGAGAAGGAUUCAGUGUAUUAAACUGGAGCUGACUGGUGUCGUGCUGGCUGCGGAGCACUUGGAAGAGCUUGGAGCAGUGAAGUGGGAUACGAAGAAGUAUCCGACGUAUUACAGAAAAAAUGAACAAUGGAUCAACUGUGCUGAUGGUGUGUACAUUCAACAGUCCAAUGGACUGAAGAUGAUCAUCAAACCUUUUUACCAAGGGCUCUACUUUCUUGUCUGGAGAUAA